AGCAGAGGAGGAAGACAAAGUUGGAGUCUUUGAUUAUAGAAUGUGGAGAAAAGCCUUCACUUUGCUUCAACGCAGACCCUUUUCCUCUUCCCCUGAAAUCCCAACCCUCUAUUCCUUUCUCCAACCUUCAAUCUUCGCCCUUAAAAACCCACCAUCUUCUUCCUCAUCCCACUCUGACCUCCCAACCUCACCUCCCAAAACCCUAACCCCAGACCACGUCACCACUCUACAGACCACCCUCCACAAAUCCCUAUUGACCCACAACACCGAUGAGGCGUGGAAGUCGUUCAAGUCCCUCACAGGCAGCUCUGUUUUCCCAAGUAAGUCCCUCACUAAUUCUCUGAUAACCCACUUAGCUUCAUUGGGGGACAUUCAUAAUCUGAAGAGGGCUUUUGCUUCUGUGGUUUAUGUGGUGGAGAAAAGCCCAGAACUUUUGGAGUUUGAAACUGUUGGGUCUGUUUUGGGUGCUAUGAAAUGUGCCAAUACUGCUGCCCCUGCUUUUGCUUUGAUUCAAUGCAUGUUCAAGAACAGGUUUUUCUUGCCUUUUAGUGUGUGGGGGAGUGUUGUGGUUGAGAUUAGUAGGAAAAAUGGUAACUUUUCUGCGUUUUUACGGGUUUUCGAAGAGAAUUGUAGGGUUGCUUUGGAUGAGAAGAUGGAGUUUAUGAAGCCGGAUUUGGCUGCUUGCAAUGCAGCUUUGGAGGGGUGUUGUUGUGAGCUUGAAUCGGUGAGUGGGGCCGAGAAAGUUGUGGAGACAAUGGCGGUUUUGGGUGUGAGGCCUGAUGAAUCCAGUUUUGGUUUUCUUGCUUAUUUGUAUGCAUUGAAGGCUUUGGGGGAGAAGAUAAGUGAGUUGGAGGAUUUGAUGGGUGGGUUUGGUUUUUCGGAUAAAAGGGUGUUUCGGAAUAAUUUGAUCAAUGGGUAUGUUAAGUCAGGCAAAUUAGAAUUUGUUUCAGCAACUAUUCUGCAGGGUUUAAGAGAAGGUGAUGGGGAAUGCUUGGAUUUGGAUGGAGAAACGUAUUGUCGAGUUGUUAAAGGAUUUCUUGAUAAUGGAAAGGUGAAAGAGUUGGCAACUUUGAUUAUUGAAGCUCAGAAGCUAGAGUCUUCAACAGUUGUGGUUGAUAGAUCAGUUGGUUAUGGUAUUGUUAAUGCUUGCGUUGGUAUUGGAUUAUCAGAUAAAGCACACAGCAUUCUUGAUGAAAUGAAUGCUCAGGGCGGUACUUUGGGGCUUGGUGUGCAUGUGCCAAUAUUGAAGGCUUAUUGCAAAGAGCAUAGAACUGCUGAAGCCACUCAACUGGUCAUGGAUAUUAGUAACUCGGGGCUUAAGUUGGACAUGGAAACAUAUGAUACUCUAAUAGAAGCAUCUAUGUCUAGUCAAGAUUUUCAAUCGGCCUUUUCUUUGUUUAGGGACAUGAGAGAAGCAAGAACACCUGACUUAAAGGGUAGUUACCUGACCAUUAUGACAGGCUUAAUGGAAAAUCACCGGCCAGAGUUGAUGGCAGCUUUCUUAGAUGAGGUUGUGGAGGACCCUCGAAUUGAAGUGGGUACCCAUGACUGGAAUUCAAUUAUUCAUGCCUUUUGUAAAGCUGGGCGACUAGAAGAUGCGAGGAGGACUUUUAGAAGGAUGGUAUUCUUGCAGUAUAAACCUAAUGACCAGACAUAUUUGUCAUUAAUUAGUGGGUAUGUUUCUGUGGAGAAAUACUUUUGUGUUUUGAUGCUGUGGCAUGAGGUGAAGAGAAACAUUUCAGUUGAUGGAGAGAAGGGGCUUAAAUUUGAUCACAACAUGGUUGAUGCAUUCCUGUAUGCUCUUGUUAAGGGAGGCUUUUUUGAUGCAGUAAUGCAAGUCGUCGAGAAAUCUCAAGAGAUGAAAAUCUUUGUGGAUAAAUGGAGGUACAAGCAGGCAUUCAUGGAAACCCAUAAGAAGCUUAAAGUGUCAAAGUUGAGAAAGAGGAGUUUCAGGAAAAUGGAAGCACUUGUUGCUUUCAAGAAUUGGGCUGGUCUCAAUGCAUGAAUUCAGGCAGGGGUGGGAUCAAAUUUCUUUUCUGAACAUCAGCUAACACCUUUAGCUGCAUUUAAAAUGGGAAUGAUCGAGGAGGAGGAACCUCAAAUUUGGCUUUUCUUGAUGGAUGAACAGUACAAGCAGUUUAGUUCUUCAAUCACUGAAUUCUGCUUCAUAUAGUUUAGAAGUUGACGUGGAACAACAUGCUAUAUUGAUCUGGCUCUUUAGAGGUUGAUGGUUUGCUCAUAUUCUUAUGUCACAGAGGAGCAUUUGCUGGCAAUUUCAGAUUUUGCAAGGAGUGGCGUGCAGUUUCAAAGAUUAUAAUGAAGCAAAGCAGUGGUGGUGUAAAAGUAAGCUACUUCCGAUGCUCUUGAUCCCAUGUACUUCCGAAGAAAAGCUAGAACUGUACAGCAUUGCCGAAAGAGAAGUCUACAGCAAUAUUGAGUUACCACUGCCUUGUAGUAAUUAUAGGAGGUGUUUUGGCUUCAACCACGACAGUGGUGGUUGGUUGACCAUAGUAGAUCUAGCAGAGCGUGAGUUGCCAUAUUUAGAUAUAACUCUCACGAACCCUUUCAGAAAAGAAGUGGCACCCAUUCACCUUCCUCGUCUGCAAUUCAAAUAUUUAUCUCAAAAAGGACGUCGGCAGCUCCCGAAGGUUAUAUUAUCCGGUGAUCCCACAUUGAAUCCGGACAGUUUUGUGGUUUUAGCAAUCAAUAGUCAAUUUCAAAAUGGACACCAGGUGUCUUCCAUUAAGGGACUAAAUAGUGAUUGGGUUCAUUGGGACUUUGCAUAUAACGUUACUGAUGCCAUAGUUUAUAGAAGCCAGAUCUACUUGGUUACUGUUGAUAGAUGGCUCGCUUUGUUGGAUGUUGAUCAGGCAAUAACAAACAUAUUCCUUCCGCCUCAACCACUUCUUCCGCCAGCUAAGGUGUAUCUUGUAGAAUCUACACGGGGAGACCUGUUGCUUGUUCAAAGAUUAAUGGAACUAAAUAAGAAUGUGAACGGUUUGCAUCAGAAAUUUUGGACCAAUAGCUUCGUUAUUCACAAGGUGGUGUUCAUCAAAGAGCUGGACGGAGAUAUAGAAUACUUAAAGUUUACAGAGGGGACGAUGUCUGAAGGUGAUCGAGAUAUAUCGUUCACGGUCGUUUGAGCAAUUUGAGGUAGAAAGUAUUGGAGAUGAAGUUUUGUUUGUAGGUGACAACUAUUCGUUCUCGGUUUUGGCUUCGGACUAUCCUGGGUGUCAACCCAAUUCCAUAUACGUACUACACAGAUGAUUCCAUGGAAAUUGAAGGGUAUGAACUCGCUGGAGAAGCACCGUAUGACAUGGGCGUCUUCAACCUAGCUAGCAGAUAAAAGCAUCACACCACUUUGUUCUUCUCUGAAUCAUUCGGAGAGGAAUGUUCAACCACCGUUUUGGACAAUCCCACCAUUUAAUGGACUCUGCUAGCUUCAAUUGUUCAAGACACUAGUCUCUUUGAUUUCUAUAUUUUAUAACAAGCUUUCAAUCUGUAUUCAUAUUUUGCAAUACUGAAACUCUGGUUAAUUUUAUUUAAUUUAAUUUCUCGAA